AUGGUACAUAGCGAUCUAUCUUGUAGUUCAAAAGCAAAAUCAAUGACGGAUAUUGAAGAAAAUCAAAGCCUGAAUCAAUCGAAAGUAGCCAAUCAACAUAGUCCGGGUGAACGUCAAGGAUCAAGCAUUACUUUUUACUCAUUAAAUUAUACAAUACGUACUCAAAAAUGUUGUAAUCUCUGCCCAUUACCAUUUCUGACGAAAAAACACCAACGAAUUCUCUACGACAUAAAUGGCGUCUUUAAACCGGGUAUGAAUGCGAUCCUUGGACCAACUGGCAGUGGCAAAUCAUCGUUAUUAGAUAUCUUAGCUGAUCGAAAAGAUCGUCAAGGUCUCGACGGGGAAGUUUUAAUGGACGGACAAAGACAGACCGAUGAUUUUAAAUAUCAAGUUGGUUAUGUUGUUCAAGAGGAUAUUAUCAGUGGAACAUUAACAGUAAGAGAAAACCUAGCAUUUUCUGCCAAUCUUCGUGUAUCGAAAGCAAUGUCGCGAGAAUCGAAAAAGGCUAUUGUUCAACAAGUUAUCGAACAGUUAGGACUGGAGAAAUGUGCAGAGUCAAGGGUGGGCACGGAAUUAGCACGUGGAAUAUCAGGCGGAGAACGAAAACGAACAAAUAUCGGUAUGGAACUAGUUCUCUCACCAUCAGUUCUAUUUCUCGAUGAGCCAACAACAGGUCUUGACUCAUCAACAGCUCGUAAUGUCAUGGAAUAUCUUCACGAGCUAUCACGACGAGGACGUACCAUUAUUUUCUCAAUUCAUCAACCUCGUUACUCUAUCUUCAAACUAUUCGAUACAAUAUUUUUAUUAGCUGCUGGUCAUUGUGUUUAUCACGGUCCUGCCAAUGCAGUUCUACCUUACUUUUCAUCCAUCGGUUAUGACUGUGAGCAACACGACAAUCCUGCUGAUUUUCUGCUCGAUGUCACUCAAGGCGAUUGUUCAUCAGUGUCCACCGAUGAAUCGAAUUCAGAUAAAAAGCACGAACAGAAUGCUCAUCGUUUACAUGAUUUAUACGUUAAAUCUGACAUCUAUGCAUCCCUACUUCAAGUACUUGCGCCAACGAAUGGUCGACAACUAGACACGGCUGUCUAUCAUCCGACUUCCAACACUUCAACAUCGCGUUUCGGUGAAAUGCUCUAUGUUUCUCAACGUACAUUGCGCACUGCCUUCCGCAAUCCAACUUUAGUUAUCAUGCAAACAGUAGUAACAGUACUCUUUGCAACACUUGUAGGGUUAAUUUAUCUCCAAAUCGAUCGUAGUGAAGACACUGGUGUGAAGAAUCGUAUGGGUGCCAUAUUUUUCAUUGUAACCAAUCAAGUUAUGGCCAAUCUAUCAGCAAUCGAAUUAUUCCUCAAAGAGCGUGUUUUAUUUAUUCAUGAAAAUGCUAGUGGCUAUUAUCACGUGUCCACAUACUUCUUUGCGAAGUUGUUGUGCGAUAUGAUUCCAUUGCGUCUCAUUCCAUCGAUGAUUUUUUCAAUCAUUGUCUACUUUAUGAUUGGAUUUCAACAAACACUCGCAAAAUUCUUUAUCUUUUACUUAGCCAUUUUUACUACGACAACGUGCGGUGCUGCAUUUUGCUUUUUACUUUCAGCAAGUGUGGAAGUAUUUGGUAUUGCAAAUCUAUUAGCAGCAAUGACCUUUGUUUUAAUGAUGGUUUUCGGCGGAUUUCUUGUCGAAAUCUCUUCCGUAGUCAAUUUUCUCUCCUGGAUCAAAUGGGUUAGCAUAUUUCGGUAUUCAUUCAACAUAAUCAACAUCAAUGAGUUCAGUGAUUUGACACUUUGCUUGAAAACCAAUAAGACAAUUUGUCCAAUCAAUGGAACAUAUAUUCUACAUAAUGUCGCACAUAUUGAAUAUGAAAAUGAAUGGGAUUUAUGGAAGAAUUUCGUGGCAUUAGGCUCUAUGACAGUCCUAUUUCUUAUUUUGGCAUAUAUUCAAUUACUUCGAAUGAAAAAAACCAAAUGA